AUGUUUGUUAAAACUGUUGGAUUAUUGUGUUUACUGAUUGUGUCAAUCUCAGCGCUUCCUGCCGAAGAAACGCGAGGACAUUCAAGAAAUGCUGUCAACUCGGAUAAUGAUCUUAUGGACAGUAUAUACAGUGAUUGUCUCAGAAAGGAUUCAGUUUCAUGUGUGAAAUAUAAGUUGUUCUCGUUCGUUGACAAAAUGAUUGGUGCACGUGACACUUUCGCAUUGACAGAAGGCGUUACAGUUGUGAAAGUUCCUGGAUCUGAACAAGAAGGUGCACCCCGUGCAAUUAAUACUGACGAUUCGAUUGAAUCUUUGAUCAUGAGUCGUAUUCAGAGCUUCUUGAAAACCCACACUGUCAAAGUUGAACUUAAAGGAGCUGAAAUUGUGAACGCCGUCUCGUCAACAGGUCGUGCUUUAGAAGAUGUAUCUGAAAGUGUGUUCGGUGACGAUGAACAAGGAGAAGGCCGUGGUAAAAAGAAGAAGGCAGCCAAGAUUCUCGGACCAUUGUUAGCCAUGGUUGCUUUGAAAGCUGCCGCUUUAUUGCCACUUCUUCUCGGAGCAAUUGCAUUGAUUGCCGGCAAAGCCCUCCUUAUUGGAAAGAUCGCAUUGGUUCUCUCAGCAAUUAUCGGACUUAAAAAACUUCUGUCUGGAGGACAAGAAAAGCAUGUAACUUAUGAGGUCGUCGCUCAUCCACAUCACACAUCCAGUCACACAACAAGUCAUGGAGAUUCAUCAUCUUCAUACGGCGGCGGAUUCUCAGGAGGUGAUGCAGGCGGCUAUGGAGGCUCAUCGGGUGGCAGCCAUGGAUGGGGACGUGCUUACGAUGCCCAAGACUUGGCUUACAAAUCACAGAAACCUUAA